AUGGGCUCAGCUGCGAAGGUUCUGGUAUGGUCUGUAUGUCCGAUUCGGAAAGUGUGAGGGCCUGCCCUAUAAAUACUCUGCUUGCUGACUGAUCACCUCUCCCCACAAAAGUUCCUUACUCAGAAACCCCAGACCCGAAGAUCUUUCGAAGACUCAGUUCUACUUUGUUCGCCAUGGCUACUAUCAUACUGGGUCUUGGAAUACUCAAGACGUCCGUCCAUCCAUCGAACAAGCCCCAGGCGGAGACGUCAAAGCUCCUAGCUUUUGCGGCGCCCUUUGUCGCCCCUCCCAGACUCCCUCUCGGACUCCACUCCCUUGAUAUCGGCAAGGAAGCCAACAUUAGUGUUACUGCCACCGCUACCGACAUUACGAAAGAAUCACUCAAGGGCCAUCUCAAUACCUGGAACGCCACUACACUCUGCUCCGGCGGCGCUAGCUGGCUCGAACUAGCUCCAGCGUAUUUGGAAUACCAGGCCGGGGAAUUCUCUACUACGGAUGACCAUCCUUGGGAUAAACCCUAGUUGGAGACCUCACGCUGCAUCGACUUUAGCCACCCCUUCAUCACCCCGCCGAAGGUGUCCGUCUUCUUCAAGGAACUCGACAUGGACAGGAAGAAAAACUGGCGCGUACUCACCAAGGCAUCAGAUAUCGAUGCCAAUGGCUUCACCAUCCACAUCAAUUCUUGGGACGAUUCCAUCCUCUACUCGGCUAUCGCAAGCUGGAUAGCCUAUCCGGAGGACCGUCCGUACGUCUUCAGUGGAACCGCCAAUACCCAGGACAUUCGCCCCUCGGACAAAAUCCAACUCAAGAACAGCAAGAAGAUCGAUCUUGGCGGGCGCACGUUCUGGAAGACUCCGAACGUCUUCAUGGCCAUUAAUUCGCUCGAUUUCGGCUGCGAAGCAAACAUUCGCAUCAGAGUCGGGGCCACGGAUGUCACUCAGACCGGCCUAACUUGGCACAUGGAUAGCUGGUCCAAUUCCGUCUUCUACUCUGCUGGGGUUUCCAUCCUCGCUGUAGUUUAG